UACAAAUAGUACAAACAAAUGUUAUGAUCUCCAUGUUUAUUUCUUACGGGUUCGUCUACAAUCAUGUUGUGUUUUCGAUCUAAUAAUUUGUAUAUACGAUUGUUUUCGGCCAUUUGUAAUCAAAAUUUUUUAAGCAAUUCAAUAAUUACAAAAUACAAGAUUUGUGGGUGACAAGUGAUAUAUAAUAGUGAAAAGUUUUUGUUCCAGGUUAGGUAUUUGGACCUAUUGUUUACUAUGACAAAUUACCAUCUUAUACCAUUUUAUUUCAUUUUAGAUUUUUUAUGUGAUAUAUGACAGCUGCAACUAUGUAAGUGUUAAAUUUUAUUGAAUAUAAAAGAAUGUAAUCAGAAAUUAAGAAAAAUAGACGGUGAGUUCUCUGCUUAUUUGUUACAAAAAAUGAGUUCCGACCAUUCAUGGAUGUAUCCUCAAUCAAUUCCUCCUCAUUUUGAGGAUGAGAAGACUGUAUUAGAGCUAAGCUGUGCUCCUGUAACAAACAUUAUUGUUCAACAGUUUGAACUGUGUAAUCAUGAACCAUCAGUUCAGUUUGGGCAGCACUUACCGCUACCUCAAAACCUAUCGAGUAGCUGUGUUUGUAAUUCUACAUGUUAUCCUAAUAAUUUACAUGCAACCAGUUCUUUAAGCAAUCCUCAAGUGCAUCCUGUUCAUAUAAAUCAACCAAACUUGCCAUAUACAGUUUACAGUGAAAACGUCAGACAUAUUCAGCCAGUUGACAGUCUGAAAAACCGUUCUAAUGUUCCUUUUAUAAAGCUAGAACCAUUAGAAAUUAUUGAUCAUCAACCUAGUAAUAAAUCAACUUCAAAUUAUUCUUUCCAAUUAGGUCUUCCACCCUACCCUGAAAGUUCAGAUGUGGUUUACUCACUAAAUUGUUUGUCAGAUGGUUCAACACUACCUCAUGUAAAAUAUAGUGAAAGUUCAUACGAAAACAAUUAUAUUCAGUGCCUGAACAAGGUUAAUCAAUAUAAUGAUCAUACUUUGGAAAAUCAGCAAAUUUCAAAUCACAAUCAAAAGUUGCAAGAAGAUGAACAUUGUAAGUCUUCCCCAAAUUCAAAUUUAAAAGAAUCUGAUAAUAGCAAAUUACUGACAAGUUUACAAAAAAGCUGUAAGACUGUAAAGGAUAAAUAUGAUAGCAGAAGAAGUCGAUCUUUGUCUUCAGAAAAACUCUACCACAAGAAAAAGAAUUCAAUUAGAUCCCGUAGAAACUCUGUAUCUCCAAGACGUUAUAUUUCACCAAGACGAAGACGUAUCUCAAUCUCUCCUAGGCGUAGACUACAUAGCUCACGGUCUCCAAAAAUACCUGAUGCAAGACCCACAUCAUCUCAUACCCAGCCUUUAAAAAAAUCAUCAAAAACAAAUACACUAAGAUCAGAUAAAGUUCAUGAAAACUCUUCAGGAUCAAACAGAAAUAAAAUCCGAGAUAAUAUGAUGGAUAAAAUAAUGCCCCUUAAUCCAGAGGAUGAAUUUGAUAAAGAAAAGUGUACAUGGACUCGAACUUCACCAGCAGAUUUGUAUUAUAAAGCUCAGCAAUACAAUGCUGAGAUAGUUCAUGGAACUGAAGUUCUGUCAGCCCUAUGUGAUGAGUUUGAAAAUCAUUUGCUGAAGAGAGCAGAAACCAUUAGAUCUGGUCUCCCAAAGUAUGAACCGUUACCCAGCAAGAAGAGAAUAUCAAUAAAAAAACAUGAUUGCCACUCGUGCAACAACAACAGUAGCAGCAGCAGCAGCAGCAGUAGUUCAGACAGUGAAAGUGACCAGGAUGACUGUACCAAGGAAGAGUUGGAGCACAAAAAGAAACAUCCCCUCAGAUUACAUCAAGAACUAUGGUUCAACGACUCUGGUGAGAUGAAUGAUGGACCUCUGUGCCGAUGCAGUGCUCGUGCUAGGCGUUCCGGUAUCAGACAUAAUAUCUACGCCGGUGAGAAUCAUUUGUCCUCUUGUGAUCCCAACUCUAAUAAUGGAAACAAACUCUAUCACUACAGGAUUACUAUUUCUCCUCCAACCAAUUUUUUGGUGAGUGUAUUUAUGUCAUCUUAGUCAAAUAUACUAGUUUUUAUCCUAAAGUUUGAAUUAUUAGGGCUAUUUAUCUAUUAGAGUUAUUUAUAUAGAUAGGCAUGACAGUUAGCUUAU